CCACACAAAGGCGUUGCGCCUCCUCAGAUCAUCUUUGAACCCUUUGCUCUCCUCAUAGUGCAAAACAAGCACAAGCCUGUCUGAGAAGCAGCGUUACAGAGAGUCUUGCUUAUGCAAGGUGUCAUUUUGUUUUGCUACAGUUCCUCUUGGCUUGCUGCCUGUUGGCUGCUGGAUUGCUGUCCGUGUGGUCCGUGUGAGCAAUCCAGAUCUAUGUGCUUGUCCUUUCCAGUGUUUCCUUGCUUACUUCCAAGGCACUGAGGAUAACAGCUGUUUCCUAGGGGUUGUCCCUAAGAAUUGGUACCCCUAGGAGGUGCUGCGUGCUGUGCUAGCUCAGUUCUGGGUUUGACACAUCAUCUGCUUCACCUGAGAGUGAAAAAUACCUGCAAGCAGCAGCAAAUGUACUGAGCUGCCUGUUUCUUGGACCUCUUAAUUUCUUGGUAUCCUCAGUAUUACGUAAUGCUUGGUGAAAAAUACUCAUUCUGGCUAUAUGGCUUUAGAUUAAAGAGAUGAUUCCUUGUUUUAUAGGAGAAAGGAUUUGCUGGGUGAUGCUGAAAGAUGACUGUUGUGUGUGUAUUGUUCUCUCUGUCUUAUUAGCUCAGCCUACGAAAUCCUGUUUUAAGAAGCUGUUCACUUUUGUGUUUGGAUCCCAGCACGCUGAAGCAGGCACUUCAGUGCUGUUGAGAGCUCCGGCCCUCCCUUAUGGGGAGAAGGGAGGGUGAUUCCUGGGAAUGCUUCCAGCACUGGGCCAACUGUGGAAACAACUGGGCUUGGUGCCAGCCCUUCGGAAGGAGGGGGAGCUCAGAGCUGGUACAGUGAACGUAUCAGGCAGGGGCUGGUGUAGCCUGUCGCCUUCCUCAGCAUCUUGUGGCUGCUCCAUUUCAGGAGAGAAACUGCUCCUCACAGAGCUUUGGCCAAGCAGGGACUCCGAGAGGGUUGGUAUGUGCUCCUGGUGGUCUUUUGAUAGCAGUUGGCACCAAAGAAUCUGACAUAUGUCGGUGCUUCUGGCUUGGAGGAGUAGGAGGAGUUCCUGCCUGUGUUAAGGGGGAAGGGAAGUAUGAUCUCUGGAUACGUAAAGGGAGGAUCUGGGGGAAAUCAGAGAGAAGAAGAAGAGCCUCUAUGGGGAGGUAAACUGUGAUCUCUGUGUCUCACCCAGCAAUCUCUGCAGUCCUUGUUGUAGACACUGCAAAAUAACGCACGGUGUUUGGGGACCAUGGCUACAGACCCGCUCUCAGAGCUUCAGGAUGACCUGAACUUGGACGAUACCAACCAGUCCCUCAGCCAGCUCCAGCUGGCCUCCAUAGAUGAUAACAGCUGGCCAGCAGAUAAUGUCCCUGCUUUUCCUAAGUCAGAGGACUCCAAAGGCUCCCCUGAGCCUGUCACUCACCUGCAGUGGGAUGAUCCCUACUAUGAUAUUGCCAGGCACCACAUUGUAGAAGUAGCAGACCAGGGUGCACUUGAUGGGGCCCAACCAGGUGAUGACAAAUACGGAAGGAAAGUCAUUUUGUUCAGUGCCUGCCGGAUGCCCCCAAGUCAUCAACUUGAUCAUGUGAAACUGCUGGGGUACCUGAAGUUCACACUGGACCAGUAUGUGGAGAGUGAUUACACACUGGUGUACCUGCACCAUGGCCUGACCAGUGAGAACAAGCCAUCCCUGAGCUGGCUGCGGGAUGCCUACAGGGAAUUUGAUCGGAAGUACAAGAAGAACAUCAAAGCCUUGUAUAUUGUGCACCCAACGAUGUUCAUCAAGACCCUGCUGAUUCUGUUCAAGCCUCUGAUCAGCUUUAAGUUUGGACGAAAGAUCUUUUACGUGAACUUCCUUAGCGAGCUGGAGGAGUAUGUGAAGUUGGAACAAUUGGGGAUCCCAAGCCAAGUGCUGAAAUACGAUGAAUAUCUGAGAUCCCUGCAGAAACCUUCACAAGUGCCCCUGAAGCCAACCCCUCCGCGCCCACCGCUGCCAAACCAGCAGUUUGGAGUCUCGCUCCAGCUUCUCAGGGAGAAGAGCCCUGAUCAGUCUCCUGUGCCUCUGGUGGUCAGAGACACCAUUGCUCACUUGCGGGACCAUGCUCUUACCACAGAGGGGAUUUUCCGGAGAUCAGCAAAUACACAGGUUGUCAGGGAGGUCCAGCAAAAAUACAACAUGGGUGUGCCUGUAGAUUUCCAGCAGUACGAAGAUGUCCACCUCCCUGCUGUGAUUCUCAAGACCUUCUUGAGGGAGCUUCCUGAACCCCUGCUCACUUUUGGCCUCUACAGCCACGUUGUCAGCUUCCAGAAUGUGGAGGAGGAGAAUCGUGUGGGUGUUGUUCGCAAAACACUCCAGACUCUGCCAGAAGAGAACUACCAAGUGCUCCAUUUACUGACAGCCUUCCUGGUGCAGGUCUCUGCUCACAGUGACAGAAACAAGAUGACAAACACCAACCUAGCAGUUGUGUUUGGCCCAAAUCUGCUGUGGGCCAAAGAUGUAGCCAUCACCCUAAAAGCCAUCAACCCCAUCAAUACCUUCACCAAGUUCCUGCUGGACCACCAGAAGGAGCUCUUUGAGGAUGUGGAGGCCUGAAUCCAGGCCAGCCCACACCAGCACACUGUGCUCACCUUCCCACCUUCCUUCCCACCUUGUCUUGGAGCUGUGACCAAGCUGACUCCAGUGCAAAGGGGCUAUUGAUCCUCUGGGUGAUGAGCAGAGUGAGGGCUGUGGAGAUGGUGGAGGAAGUGUGUAAGUAAGCGAGCAGAGACCCACUGCUCGGGAUGGGGAGGGGAGCUGGUCUCCCUGCUGCUCUGAGUGGAGUCCUGGCCCCCCUGCCAGUCUGUGCAGCUCCUCCAGGCCUCAUCACCAGCCUGCUGCCCUAUCAGAUGCCCUGCCUCUUUCCUCCUUCCCUUUCUGCCCUCCUGGUCCCUUCCUCAGCAAAGAUCUUUAUUGUUUCAGCUCCCAAUAGUGCCAGCUCACCCCCUUGCCUCUGCUGGGCUGUCUGGGUGAGGGCAGCUCGCUGGGUUUGUGGCAGAGAUGUUCUUGCUGCCAGUGCCAUCCCUCAGCACUGAAUGUGCAUCUGCCUUUCCCCAGUGGCACCUGCGGCAAGGAGGGAGCUGGGCAGCUCUUGUGCUUGUCCUGCACUUGCAAACAACACUCCAGACCCCAUAGUUUUGGCAGGCAAGUGAAGGACAGGCUCGCAGCACAUGGACUGUGUUACUGGUCAGAUUCCAAUACAAGGAAGCUGAAUUUAGCCCAAACCCCUCUGGGGUCCCCACUCUUGAUACUGUUCAGUGUUUGCUGGGGUGUUGUGGGUGAGGUGCCUCCCACAGUUACCCAGCUCAGGUGGUGGUG